GAAGUGGGUAAAAGGGUCAAAUAUACGGUAACAGAAGGAAACUGCUUCAGAUAGGGAGCAUGCAUAGAAUGCACAGAUGUUGAAUUAUAAUUUACACCUGAAAAUUAUUAACCAGUUACUUUUAUCCCAAUAAGUUUAAUUUUAGAAAUACAUUUUCAGUGAACAGGGGUUAUUUAAUAUGUACUCAAAUGCUACUCUACAUGCAUAUGUGCAGGUGAACAGGUGGACACACCCCUUAGCCUUCCUAUUCUGAGUAGGAAGGAAUCCUGGUAAUUAGAUUCCUGUGUCCAGAGCACAACAGCACACAUUCAAAAACAUUCUGGUUCUAAGAACGAUGUUUGCCACCCAGACAGGUGACAUGAAAAAUAUGUAGCCUCGGUCUCUCAGAAUGUCAUAACUGAAGAGUCUUAAAUAACUCUUGGUAUCAAAUUAAAAGAUGGAUCGCUUCGCCCAAAUAAUCUUCAGUCACUUGAAAGAGUGAUUUAUAUUCACCUACUUAACUUUAGCUGUAUUCAUGCGACAUUCACAUGGGAUAUUUCUACUGUACUUCAGGCCCCUUAUUCAUGGGCGUUCCAGCCUCACUGCUAUAUAACCAGAGGCUCUGAGCUGCAGCUGGCAGGACCCUAAUCCCUUCUGCAAGGACUCGAGGAAUUGCUGCCAGUGUGUACAAACUGCCUGCUCGCCUUUCAGGCACCAUCAGAGGUCUCAUCAGCAAAACAAAAGUUGUGGAUGAUUCUUUUUAACCUUCCAGAAAUUCAGCUAACUCGUUUAGUUUUCAAGCACGAUCAGGAAAACAAUAUAUGGCCAUCCAUUAGUUCAUCGCUUAAUGGAUCCAAAAGCUCAAAAAGGAGACAGAGAAGACAAUGAUGACAAGAAAGUGGUUGCAGAGAUCAUGGCAAGGUGUUUUUUUCCAGCUCUAGUAACAACCAUCCCCUGGGAAGGAUUUCAUUUUGUUGGCCAUGAGAUUCGAAUUACUGAAGCCAUGGAUUGUUAUGGUGCUGUUGUUUGGCCAUCGGCCCUUGUUCUAUGCUAUUUUCUGGAGACAAAUGUAAAGCAGUAUAAUAUGGUUGACAAAAAUGUGAUUGAAAUUGGAGCAGGAACAGGGCUUAUCUCCAUUGUGGCAAGUUUACUAGGUGCACAUGUGACUGCCACAGAUUUACCUGAAUUACUUGGAAACCUGCAAUAUAAUAUAUCCCGAAACACCAAAAUGAAAUGUAAGCAUUUGCCUCAGGUUAAAGAACUCUCCUGGGGCAUAGCUUUAGACAAGAACUUCCCCAGGUCUUCCAACAAUUUCGAUUAUAUCUUGGCGGCUGAUGUUGUCUACGCUCAUCCUUUCCUGGAAGAACUCCUCAUUACCUUUGACCAUCUGUGCAAAGAAGCUACCAUCAUCCUCUGGGUCAUGAAAUUUAGGUUAGAGAAAGAAAAUAAAUUUAUAGAUAGAUUUAAGGAAUUGUUUGACGUGGAGGAGAUUUCUAGUUUCCCUAGCUUGAAUAUUAAGCUGUAUAAAGCUAUGAAGAAAAAUCGAAGGAGUGCAUGAUAUCCUCAAAGGAGGACUUGGAAGGCAAAGGCAAUUUCUAGUAUAUUAUGACUUUAAAGAAGACCCUGGAUAAGAUGAUGCAGCAUUGACUUUCUCAAGGGGGAACACACACACACACACACACACACACACACACACUAUAUCCAAGAUAGCAAUUUUCUAAUUCAUAGCACAUGGGUCUGGAGGAUGGCAGAGCCAUACUAUGUGGUUAGGACAUUGGUUAGGACACUGUCUGCUUUUUUAAAUUCCUACUUCCAUAGCACCUUUUGUUAUUAUGAUCUUUGUAAUAAAUAGUGCAAUUAUUAUUAUUCUUAAUGGAUAACUGUAGAUGGAGGUUUUCAAUAAUGAUAUCUCAAAAAUAAACUUAUGUUAUUCUCUCUUUAGAAGUAAAGAAGUGGACUAUAGUGGGAUAUGCAAAUAAAUCUGAAAGAGCAGAUACAUAAUAUAAUGGUAAAUGUUAGAUUAUUGUGGUUUUUGUAAGAGCCAGUCUAUAGGCAGUCUGUCACCUCUGGUUGGCAGGGAGGGCCUUCAGCACAACCUCUGAAAUCAAUCAAGCUUGUGGAUUUGAGGUUAUAGGCAAGGACAUUUCACUCUGGUAAAUGAAAAAUGAAUGGAAGUGAACAUAAAACAGUUGGGAUUUUGGAGGAGUUAUUGUUUUAUUUUUAAGCCAAGUACAGUUAUUUUUCUUUUAUCACAAAAACAGAAAUAAAUAUAAAAACUUUGGAUUGAAAGUACACAUAAAAAGAUAUAGGCUCUAAUCUCAAAUAACCAGACAAAUGGCUGUUUAAAGUCUAAAACUCUUCUGAUGAACAUAUAGAUCUAGAUAUUUGAAAUCCUAUGUGAUUUUUCCCCCACAUGGGCCUUAAGAGAUUAGAAGUCUGAAGUAAUUAAAGUCAGUGAAAGGAGAACAAAAAAUUAGAAUUUUGUUCCAUGUAAUAAGAGUGCAUUGGUUAGUAGUUUGCUAGGCUACCACAGUGCCCUUGGAAGAUACUUGCUCUCCUAAACCCAGCCCUUUCUGCUUUGCUGGAAGUUCUCAGUCCACUCAGGGAGAGUAGAGCUAACAGGAUUAUUUCCUAGGACCCUGAUCUGUAAACCAGAUGCAAGUUUGUUGCCAGUGGAUUUUUUUGUUAUGUGUGGUUCAUAGGACCAUUUCUCAGUAACUCCCAAUAUUUACAUAGUUUUUGCAGCCUGUUGCAUGUAUAAUAAUCCUUUAAUCCUCACAACCAUUCUAAGAAGUGUAAGUAAUAUCAUUAUCCCUACUUCACGGAUAAACUGAGGCUGAGAGCUGUGAAGACGCUUGCCCCAGGCUAGGCAGCUGCAGAGCGGCAGUGAUAGGGUUCUCAUGCCCUGGCUUGUUUGAGCACAGAGCCUGUGCUCUUCUUACUUACUGCCUUUGUGUAU